UACGAGGAGCGCCUCGCGGCGUUGAGCCCCAUCUCGACGCCCCUCGCCGACGAGAAGCUCACGAAGAAGCUCCACAAGCUCGUCAAGAAGGCCUCGAGCGCCAAGGCGCUCCGCCGCGGCGUCAAGGAGGUCGUCAAGGCGAUCCGCAAGGGCGCGACGGGCUUGUGCAUCAUCGCCGGCGACAUCAGCCCCAUCGACGUCAUCUGCCACCUGCCCAUCUUCUGCGAGGAGAAGUCCGUGCCCUACAUCUACGUGCCCUCGAAGCAGGACCUCGGCUUCGCGGCGCUCACGAAGCGGCCGACGUCCUGCGUCAUGGUCUCGCCCAAGGCCGGC